GGUUUGCGAAAACAUCUUGGUAUAAAAAAGCCAAGGCAACCCAAAUUGUUGAAAAACAAAGUCGUUUCUAAUGUGAUUAAUGAGAAAGGGUCUGGUAAACAACCGAAAGAAAUAUGUAAGGAUAAUUCUGUUCAACAUAAAAUUGUUGAGGUGGUUAACGGAUUUUACAAGUCAUAUAUAGCAUUGAAUAAUAACAAUAUGGUAAAUACAAUUAAUAAAUUAACAGAAAGAAAUAAGGAACUAUUAACUAAAAUUGAAGAAUUAGAAAGAGAAAAAGAAGGGGGUUAUUAUACUAGUCAUGACCUAGCCGAAUAUUAUCUGGUUGAUGAAGAUGGGAAUUUUCAUUAUGGUUGGAGAAAAGAAAUAGUGGAUAAGUUUGACACUUUGGAAUAUGUUAAAUCACUAAUAAGGGCUACCAACACUGAUUAUUACAAAGAAUUGGUAGAAAAAAGAAUAAAGAUUGAUGACUUGGAGGAAGAGUUAAAAGAGAAAGAAGUUCUUAUUAGGGAACUGGAAGAACAAAUAGAUUCAGAAGCUUUGAGACUAAAUCACCAAAAAUUAACGGAAGAAGAAAAUAAGAAUAAAGAACUACAAAAAGCAUUGGGAGAAAACCUAGAAUUAGUGGAAAAAAUUCACCAGAAACUUGUAGUUGAAGAGACUAAAAGCCAAGAGUUAGAAAGAUUGUUAUACCUAAACACUGAGCCACUUCCUAAGCGGCCAAGCAAAUUCAAAUUACUAAAAGAGAAAACAAAAAGCAAUUUUAAACAAUUCCAGCAAUUAGUGAAGAAAACCAAACUUCAAGCCCAAGAAUUCAUUGCUCGAGUAGAAGCAUGGAAUGAGGAGGCGAAUUGUAGUUUUUGUUCUAAUCUUUUGGGCGGGAAUAGCAAAGCCGUUUGUCAGAUUAGAACUCGGAGUAGGCUGAAUGAGAAAAUAGUCGCAAAUGACGAAGCAUGCGAGAUUUGUAAAGAAAAGUUUGAGAAUAAUGAACUUCCAAAAUGCGAAAGAUGUGGAAGAUUACAAAUUAGGUCGUAUAUAGACAUUCGUAGUGGUAAAUAUAUCUGUUAUUGCAUCAAAUAUAAUGAAGACGUUGAGAAAAAAGAACUUCCCGUCCUACCUCACGAAAGAAGACAAGCCACUUUUUACGAACGACAAAUAAAUGGAUUGCGAGAAGAGUUAAACACAGCCGAGGUGGAAAUAGAAACCCAUUUAGAAGCCUUGGAGAUAUCAGAAGUAUGGAAUAAAAAACAGAAACAAGAACUAUUGGAUGAGAUAAGCAGAUUAAAAAGAGAGAAUGAAAGACUAAAAAAACAAACCUCCCAAGAACUAUUAAGGGAAAAUGAAGAAUUAAAGGCUCAAUUAGCGAAACAAAACCAGCAACAAUCCCAAAUUGAAGUCAAAUCUAAUAAGAAGCCAUUCUCGUUUUUUGGCAAAAAGUCAUAG